AUGAAUGACAUACGGCAACUAACCGUCGGUUUCGUUGCCGGAGACUAUCGCGGGCCGCCGCCUGCUGGUAGAGAUCUGCUAGAAGCCACCUUUGUGACAUCCAUUAAAGAAUAUGGCUUCUAUGCUACACAGUUUACGACACAUGACAGCGAAAUGGAUGCUGUUCGGCAACGGCAUCAAGUUUGGAUUGUUGCCGAUGGGCCAGAGAGUCCAAACGUGCUCAAAAUCUUUAGCGAGUCCGUGACCAAUCUCCAAGCAGCUAUAAAUACUCUCAACCAAUGUUUUCAUGAUGCGCGCAUAUCGAGAGACCUUUUGACUUCGGUGAUAAUUCCCCAAAAGAGCUCAAGAGUAACCGACGACACUCGUAUACGAUUCCAUCCCAAUCAAAGACCUCGAGUAUCCAAACGGUUUACCGAGCCUGAUGAUAUGCCAAAAACUGUGGCGGCACUUCUCCAAGAGCUUCGUCCGCAUCUUCAAGCUGCUAUAAAAUGCCUAAAAAGUUCCAAUUCCGAAAUCAGAAUGCGUGUGUCUUUCACGCUCUUGGAUGACGAUACAUUCGGGAAAGACCAAGCAAAUCUAAUCAACUGGGAUGAGUACGCAGCUCAAGUGAAACUGUACUCAAACCAAAGUGGUCUUCAUUUUAGUACUCGUUUCAAGGAAUUCCGUCUUGCGAAUUACAUCAUAAACUGUAUGCUGGAAUAUGACGGUGCUGAUGACCUUCGUCUGGAUCGCAAAAGCCUGAAACGCACACACACCUUGUACCUCACCAUGAGCAACGAAAGAGAGUUAAAGGUGGAAAACUGGACGAGCGAUGAGUCCGCAUUAUCCCGAGCUAAGCUUGGUCUUAGCUCGCCAGUCUCCUACAUCGAUUGGAAAGUGACGGCUCCAGAAAUGAUAUUUGACUGGAAACUUCAUGCAGAAACGUGGAAAUACAAGAGCGUACCGAAAGAUCUCUUGAAACUACUCGAAACGCUAAGACUCAGGGACGGCUGCGACGAAGAUGAAACCAAUUUUCUUCAGCCCUCUGAAGUAGUAGUGACUAAAGACCCUAAAUACUGGAACUAUGACAUUUACCGGACUCGACUGAAGACAUCGUUUAUCGCAGAGUUUCAAGACACUCCAUAUGUGCUGGAGAUAAGUAUAAAUCAGGAGUGGGAGGGACUCAAGACUCGCGCGCCAGAGAGCAAGAUUAAUUGGCAAAUGGAGUUUUAUGGCAAACACUGGGAUUCUGCAAUGAAUCAAGUCAGUCCAGUUGACCAGAGAAAGGACUUUGGAGAAGGACUGAAGAACAUUUGGGUUGGAUCGGAUCCUGAUCUGGAGAAGAGAUUUGGGAAUUUCCUAGAAGUCUUCUUGAAGGUCCAGCACCAGGUAAACUCUCUUCAAGAUGAUGAAGCAGAUGAUGAAGCAGAUGAUGAAGCAGAUGAUGAAGCAGAUGAUGAAGCAGAGGAUGAAGCAGAGGACAAGGCAGAGGACAAAGCAGAGGACCAACAGACAGAAUAG